AUGCACAGAGAUUUUGUUAAAUUUCUUGAGGUUGGCAAAAAGCAGCCUGCCCUUGAUGUUCUCUAUGAUGUUAUGAAAAGUAAAAAACACCGAACAUGGCAAAAGAUUCACGAGCCGAUUAUGCUGAAGUACCUGGAGCUCUGCGUGGAUCUCCGCAAGAGCCACCUGGCGAAAGAAGGACUGUACCAGUACAAGAACAUUUGCCAGCAGGUGAACAUCAAAUCUUUAGAAGAUGUUGUUCGAGCCUAUUUAAAGUUAGCUGAAGAAAAAACAGAAGCAGCUAAGGAAGAGUCACAGCAGAUGGUACUGGAUAUAGAAGAUUUAGAUAACAUUCAAACUCCAGAAAGUGUUCUUUUGAGUGCAGUGAGUGGGGAAGACACUCAAGAUCGUACUGACCGACUGCUUUUGACACCUUGGGUUAAAUUUCUGUGGGAGUCCUACAGACAAUGUCUGGAUCUUCUCCGAAAUAAUUCCAGAGUGGAACGUCUGUACCAUGAUAUUGCACAGCAAGCUUUUAAGUUCUGCCUGCAGUACACGCGUAAGGCCGAGUUCCGCAAGCUCUGCGAUAACCUGAGAAUGCACCUGGGGCAGAUCCAGCGGCACCACAACCAGAGCACAGCCAUCAACCUCAACAACCCCGAGAGCCAGUCCAUGCACCUGGAGACCCGCCUGGUGCAGCUSGACAGCGCCAUCAGCAUGGAGCUGUGGCAGGAAGCUUUCAAAGCAGUGGAGGAUAUUCAUGGGCUGUUCGCACUGUCAAAGAAACCACCCAAACCACAGCUGAUGGCAAAUUAUUAUCACAAAGUUUCAACUGUUUUCUGGAAAUCGGGGAACGCUCUUUUCCAUGCAUCCACACUUCACCGGCUGUAUCACUUGUCAAGAGAAAUGCGGAAGAAUCUUACACAAGAGGAGAUGCAGAGGAUGUCCACUCGAGUCCUCCUGGCCACUCUGUCGAUUCCCAUAACUCCGGAGCGCACGGAUAUCGCCCGUCUCCUGGAUAUGGAUGGCAUCAUCGUUGAAAAGCAGCGGCGUCUCGCAACCCUACUGGGUCUUCAGGCCCCUCCAACUCGGGCCAGUCUCAUUAAUGACAUGGUGAGGUUCAACGUAGUGCAGUAUGUUGUUCCCGAGGUGAAAGAACUUUACAAUUGGCUUGAAGUCGACUUUCACCCUCUGAAGUUGUGCGGUCGUGUCAGCAAGGUUCUGAACUGGGUGAAGGAUCAAGCUGAAAAGGAGCCUGAACUGCAGCUCUAUAUUCCUCACCUGCAGAACAACACCAUUCUUCGGCUUCUGCAGCAGGUGGCCCAGAUUUAUCAAAGCAUUGAAUUUACUCGUCUGGCUAACCUGGUUCCUUUUGUCGAUGCCUUCCAGCUGGAACGUGCUAUUGUAGAUGCAGCCAGACAUUGUGACUUGCAGGUUCGCCUUGAUCAUACUUCUCGAACGCUGAGUUUUGGCUCAGAUUUGAAUUACAGCACUAGGGAAGAUGCUCCGCAAGGCCCUCAGCUGCAGAGCAUGCCCUCCGAGCAGAUUAGGAAUCAGUUGACUGCCAUGUCCUCAGCUCUGGCUAAAGCUCUCGCAGUCAUUAAGCCUCCUCACCUACUGCAAGAGAAGGAAGAGCAACAUCAGCUAGCAGUCAAUGCCUUCUUGAAGAAUUCAAGGAAGGAGCAUCAGCGUAUUCUUGCACGACGCCAAACUAUAGAGGAAAGGAAGGAGCGCCUUGAAAGUCUGAAUAUCCAGCGUGAAAAGGAAGAGCUGGAGCAGCGGGAAGCAGAGUUGCAGAAGGUCCGUAAAGCAGAGGAAGAGAGACUGCGCCAGGAAGCGAAGGAGAGGGAGAAGGAGCGUAUCCUGCAGGAGCAUGAGCAAAUCAAGAAGAAGACAGUUCGGGAGCGCUUGGAGCAGAUCAAGAAAACUGAACUGGGAGCCAAAGCAUUUAAGGAUAUUGAUAUUGAGGAUCUUGAAGAAUUGGAUCCUGACUUCAUUAUGGCUAAACAAGUUGAACAACUGGAGAAAGAGAAGAAGGAACUUCAGGAACGACUGAAGAAUCAGGAGAAAAAGAUUGACUACUUUGAGAGAGCGAAGCGCUUGGAAGAAAUUCCAUUGAUAAAGACUGCUUAUGAGGAACAACGAGUGCAUGAUAUGGAGUUGUGGGAGCAACAAGAAGAAGAAAGGAUCACUACUUUGCAGUUGGAGCGUGAGAAAGCCCUUGAGCAUAAGAACAGGCUAUCAAGGAUGCUGGAGGAUAGAGACCUAUUUGAAGCCAGGCUCAAAGCAUCACGACGAACAGUUUAUGAGGAUAAACUCAAGCAGUUCCAGGAGAGGUUGGCAGAGGAGAGGCGUAACCGCCUGGAGGAGCGCAAGAAGCAGCGCAAGGAGGAGAGGCGCAUCACCUACUACAAAGAAAAGGAAGAGGAGGAGCAACGGCUGCGAGAGGAGCAGCUGCUGAAAGAGCGUGAGGAGAAGGAGCGCCUCGAGCGGGAGAAACGCGAGCAGGAGCAGCGUGAGUACCAGGAACGUGUCAAGAAACUGGAAGAGCUGGAGAAGAAAAAACGGCAGAGAGAGAUGGAGAUAGAAGAAAGAGAGCGCCGCAGGGAAGAAGAGAGGAGGGGUCUGGAUGACCCGUUUUCAAGAAAGGAGUCUCGCUGGGGCGAUAGGGAGUCUGAAAGCUCCUGGAGAAGAGGUGGGGAGACAGAGUCUGAGUGGCGGAGAGCCCCCGUGGAAAGAGACUGGCGCAGAGGAGAGCCGAGAGAUGAUGAAAGAUCUUUCCGGCGCGGGGACGACCUGCCCCGGCGCGGGGACGACCUGCCCCGGCGCGGAGCUCCAGAGGAAAAGGAACGUCCAUCUUUGGAGACAUCUGAAGACAGGCCACCUAGGCGUGAAGGUGAAGAGGACAGGCCACCUAGGCGUGAAGGUGAAGAGGACAGGCCACCCAGGCGCGGGCUGGAUGACGACAGGCCACCCAGGCGCGGGCUGGAUGACGACAGAGGAAGCUGGCGAGCUGCAGAUGACGACAGGGGUCCCAGGCAUGGGCUGGAUGAUGACAGGCCACCCAGACGUGGCUUGGAUGAUGACAGGCCACCCAGACGUGGCUUGGAUGAUGACAGGCCACCCAGGCGCGGGCUAGAUGAUGACAGGCCACCCAGGCGCGGCUUGGACGACGACAGGGGCAGUUGGCGAGCAGCGGAUGACGACAGAGGACCCAGGCGCGCCAUGGAUGACGACAGGCCACCCCGGCGCGGGCUGGAUGACGACAGGCCGCCCAGGCGCGSGYUGGAUGAUGACAGGGGCAGCUGGCGAGCGGCUGAUGAYGACAGGGGUCCCAGGCGYGGCCUGGAUGACGACAGGCCACCCAGACGCGCCUUGGAUGAUGACAGGGGUCCCAGGCGUGGGCUGGACGACGACAGGGGACCGUGGCGCAGCUCAGAUGAUGACAGGCUCUCCAGAAGAGAUGAGGACAGGGGGCCGUGGCGGAGCGGGGAGGAUUCCAGGCCGGGACCUUGGAGACCAUUUGGUAAACCAGGGGGGUGGCGGGAGCGCGAGAAGGCCCGCGAGGACAGCUGGGGGCCACCCCGCGACGCCCGCGCCCCCGCCGAGCGCGACUGGGACAGGGACAAGGACCGCGACGACAGCGAGAAGGACCGAGAGCUUGACAGAGACCGGGACCUCGAUAGAGACGAGCGCUUCAGGCGCCCCAGGGAGGAUGCUGGCUGGAGAAGAGGACCAGCUGAGGAGACUUCUAGCUGGAGGGACUCGAGCCGUCGGGAGGAGUGGGACAGAGGUGGUCGUGACAUGAGAGAGCGACGCAUGGAUGACAGAGAUCUGCCCCCGAGAAGGGGACCGCCCCUCAGAUCUGACCGUGAAGAGCCGAGCUCCUGGCGCCGCGCCGACGACCGGAGAGAGGAGCGGGGAGAAGAUCGGGAGCCAGCACGGCGACCUGCACCUGCUGCCACUGCCCCCCCUGCAUCCGCUCCCCCGGCAGCAGCGAAGGAGCGGGAGAAAGAGGGGGACAAGGAGAAGGAGAAGGGUUCCUGGAAGGCGGAAAAGGAGCGUGAGCCUCUCCGCCGUUCUAAAAACGAGACAGAUGAGGAAGGCUGGACCACUGUGCGGCGCUAAGGGAACGUCAGAGCGGUUUAACMGAUGUUUUAGUCUUGAUUUGAUUGAAUCCACAGGUUAUAUUUGUGCUUAUGAAUCUUCUCAAUUGGAUCCUUAACAAAUCUUUUGAGAUAACAUGAAAGCAUGAGCCUGAAUUACUUACUCAUAUAGAGCGAUCAUGCACAAAACUCACAGCAGAAGUUUGGAAAUUGAUUGCCAGUUUUUGAAAUUUCAAAUAUUGCUUAUUUCAUGGAUCACUUGUUAAAAUAAAAAGAAGCAAUCCCAACAGCUGUCUUGAGUAAUACUUCUGUCUUUCACUAAAACAAGCUAUCUUUUUAUUUUUAGUUGUUCUUAAUUUGGAAUGGGGUAUCAUCAUCAAAGAAGGUGUGUUUUGAAAACACGUGUGUUCGUAUUGUGGUGGAAUUACCAAAAAGCAGAGCUGGAUCAAUUUCCACAAUUAGUCCCCGGAAAAGGAUAUUAAACCCUCUCUUAUUUAGGKAUUUUUGAGGGCACGUGAUUUUGAGAUACAUAUUUUAUCAUUAUCUAAAUUCAGUAAGUGUUGACAUUUGAAUUAAAUACAGUAAUAAGCAUUAUGAGCUUCAGCUACACUGGGAUAUUUUCUGUAGAUUUACUUGAAUACAUCUGCCUCUGGAGCUGUUUUGCAGUCAGUGUUCCAGCAACGUGUACUGCUGCAGUGUACAGCCACAAAACUGAAAGCUGUUAACGAUUCAAGCAUUUCAGUAAGCAUAUUGCUAUGUAUUUUUUGUUGCCAACAGCGUAACUGCUUUUUCCAUUACUGGGUAAUUCAUGCCUUUCAAGAAUUUAUAAAUAUUGUCAUAUUUAAAAUAUGUGGUUUUGGAGAAAUUACCCCCCUCUCCCUCAAUUCUUUGUCUUCAGGGUACAUUCUUUCCCUUUCCAAAAAAGUGGUUUGUAGUAAUGCCUGUGUUGACU